GGGGGGCGAAUGUGGAGAGGAGGAUAGGGCCCAGACGACGGAGCCGCCACACAGAAAAAAUUUUUUACGCAGCCAAUCUUUGACCUCGCGGAGUCGGGCGCUCUCGCGCUGUAGAGACAUGACCGAGUGUUGAGCGCGGGGUCUUGCGGAAGGCGCGCUGAGAGCAAGCGAGCCGCGGUAAGAUGUGACAGGGCGCUGAGACGAAUGUCGCGCUGAACAAGACGCCACCGUGAAGAGAAAAAUGGAGAUGCUGUUGAGCGUCAAGCUCGUUUUCUUGGUGCUUUUCCUGGCGGGCAGCGCUUUCGGCGCUGUUAGCUACAGCAGCGACCAGCAGACUCCCCAUGAAGCGGAUAUCAGGAGAGGGUCCCCAAUGCUGGGCUGCAAGGAGCUGCGCUCGAAGCGCUACAUCUCAGACGGCCACUGCACCUCGGCGCGCCCCCUGCUGGAGGUGGUGUGCGCCGGUGCCUGCUUGCCGCUGGACCAGUUGCCCUGGUACUCGGACGGAUCGCCCGCCGCGGCCGCCGCCAGCUGGAGCUGCGAGCCCGGAGCCGUGCGCCUCAGGCGCGUCCACCUGCUCUGCCCCGACGGAGAGCGGAAGAGCUACAGGGUGCCCGUGGUGCGAGCCUGCAAGUGCGUGCGCAGCCUGGAGCACGCGACGCACGGAUCCUGAGGCUUCCGCGACGAUCGCCGACCAGCCGACGAAGUGCGACGCGCUUGGCUCGAUUGCGAUCGUUAGAAAACGAAGUUUAUCGAGUGCGUGUAGGUAGUCUGGCUACAUUACUUUUUGAACACCGCGUCGAGUAGAUAGAUCGUCUUCUAGCCGGUUGCAAGCGGUCGCGACGUGCUGAAUGUGAGCCCUUAAAUUUGACCGGAACGCUUAAGCGAGAGAAAGCUACAUUCUGACGUCACGUGCAGUUGCUGAACAAAUGUGUUUCCCAGAACCCAUUUAUCCGUGUGUGAAUAUUCCAACGACGUUAGAGACUUGGAGAAUGUCGUGCGUCUAAAUUCAUUCGGCUACACAAAAUGGUGAAGUCACCUUCGCAACAAAUGUAUAUUCGCAAUGUCGUAAGAUGCGAGUCCGACCGCAUUCGAAGCGAUUUAUGUACAGUAAAAUAAAGUGUGCCGCUACAAAGCGCAUUUCUUCCCCACUGUAGGCGUAUUCCAGUUGUUUAAUAGAUUAUUGCAGUAGAAAAUGGCGGUUAAAUUAAUUAUGAAUACACCUUACAUAUAAGGCCUAUUAUGUUUAAUUUAAACGAUUUCAUUGAGGCCAGAGAAACCAAAUAAUUCACGGAUACAUCUUAUAAUCUGCACAAUGUCUGUAGCUAGAUAUUAUAUGAAGGCAAAGGUUAUGGUCUACUGCUGGCACAGAGAAUUCACAGAAAGUUUGUUGGCAGUAGACGACGCAAGUGUUUUUAAGAGAUACUGGCAGGCUAAGCAAAAAAUACAUAUAUAGACUUGGUUAAAAACAACUGUGAACUAUUCAAACAUGCCGAAAUUAAAAAAAAAAAGAGUCCAUGGCGAUUCAACGUACAUGUUGUAAUUUAUGUUGAAACUUAAAUUGAUGCUUUAGUGAAGCAACUGAAUAAAUGCUGUCAAACUAAG